AUGGAAGGCCCCCAGGGCAAGAGACUUCAAGCUCGAUCAUUUAUCAAGACAAACGGUUCUGAUUUAAUAAAAGGGACCCGCAACCUACCUGCCAAGGCAACCUACCUGCCAAGGCAACCUACCUGCCAAGGUAACCUACCUGCCAAGGCAACCUACCUGCCAAGGCAACCUACCUGCCAAGGCAACCUACCUGCCAAGGUAACCUACCUGCCAAGGCAACCUACCUGCCAAGGCAACCUACCUGCCAAGGCAACCUACCUGCCAAGGCAACCUACCUGCCAAGGCAACCUACCUGCCAAGGCAACCUACCUGCCAAGGCAACCUACCUGCCAAGGCAACCUACCUGCCAAGGCAACCUACCUGCCAAGGCAACCUACCUGCCAAGGUAACCUACCUGCCAAGGCAACCUACCUGCCAAGGCAACCUACCUGCCAAGGUAACCUACCUGCCAAGGCAACCUACCUGCCAAGGCAACCUACCUGCCAAGGCAACCUACCUGCCAAGGUAACCUACCUGCCAAGGCAACCUACCUGCCAAGGCAACCUACCUGCCAAGGCAACCUACCUGCCAAGGUAA